AUGACACAAAUUGCGGGAAAAGGCGUCACGCAAGUUAUGCAACGUUGUGAGGAGGCGAAAUCAACAGGAUUCCUCGAUUUAUCGAACUGCGGCUUAAUGUAUAUCGCCGAUGCGAUUUAUCUCGUACUCAAAGGCUACCAAAUAAAUAAAUGUAAUUUAAGAAGUAAUUCACUUAAAAAUUUCCCGAAAAAAAUGAUUGAAAAAUUUGAUAAUAUGAUUCUAUUUAAUAUUGAAGGAAACAAAAUAUCAGAACUCCCAAACGAAAUAAGCAAAUGGAUUUUACUGAAGGGAUUGAAUAUUGCUAAUAAUAACUUUAACGAAUUUCCAGACGUUUUAUAUUGUUUAAAGGAACUAACAUUUUUAGAUAUUAGUAAUAAUUCUAUCAAAGAGAUUGAUGCUGAUCGCUUAUACAAGGAAUUAUUAAAUUUAAAACAAUUGUAUUUAAAUAAUAAUCCUAUAAAUGAAACUUCAAAACAUAAUCUCUUAAAUAAUACUAAUAAACCGAAGAAUUUAAAUAUUAUUUUUGAUUAA